GUGCAGCUCAGGUACCAGCUGCUCAGGAUGAGACAACGCUACCUGGGCUCCACAGGAGAGCUAAUUAGCUCAUUGGAAUUGAUUCAUUUUUUAAAAGUCUUUGAGAGUUUAUUUGAUUGGAAAUUUUACUAAAUCCCUUGACCAACUUUCCUCAUUCUCAAGUGCCAGUGUAAUUCUGUGAACACUCAAAACAUUAGAAAUACAUUUCUUAUAUUGUAAACAAAUUGUGUUUAUGUAGAAGAUGGUUUGCUUUGGAAAAAAAAUUGCCUGAAAGCUCUUCCAAUUUAGCAAGGAAAAUAGUCAAGAAAAGAGAAAUAGGUACGCAGGUAUGUGCCCCGCCUCAGCCCUCCCACACAUGGUCAUUUUUCCAUGUUGAAAAAUUAGACUUUAAGUAAAAAAUGAAGAAUCAGACAUUAUCCGUCAUGUAAAGGAACUGGUGCUUCUAUAAUAUUGGCCAUUCUCUUCUACUGGGUCACUUUACUCCUAUUCUUCAUUUUAAUUUUUGCUGUUGUCUGUUUUUCCUUGUCUUACCUCCCAAGCUUUCUUUCCCUGGGCCUCCCGAGGAGGUCUGACAAUGCAAGAGGGAUGAGAAUGUGGGCGGGAGAUGAGGGCGGGAGGAACUGCCCAAACCUGUCAGUCUUGGGUGUAGCACCUCCAAGGAGGACAUGAUUCUCCUGCAGUGACGGCCUGACCGGGCCCCCACCUCCCCACCAAGGCAGGACCACGGCAACCUGGGGAGCAUGCUGCCAGCAACCAUGGUGGGGGCUCUGGUCAGAGGAUGGAGAAAUCGAAGCUCUCCUCGAAGGGCUGAGUCAAAACUUCUUAUCCCACCAAGCCAGGAUGGAAUUCCAGUUCAGGAUGGGCACCAGUUGCGUCUUGAAGUGCCAUCAGCUGUAACGAAAGUUCCCAAUCCCAACACGACAGCCAGGCAUUCCUGCCCCCAAGAACUGAAGACCAUGGAGCUCUCUGACAGCGACCGACCCAUCAGCUUCGGUUCCACGUCGUCCUCGGCCUCUUCCCGGGACAGCCACGGUUCCUUCGGCAGCAGAAUGACCUUAGUUUCAAAUAGCCAUUUGGGCUUGUUUAACCAGGAUAAGGAAGCAGGGGCCAUAAAACUGGAGCUGAUUCCGGCCAGGCCAUUUUCCAGCAGCGAGCUGCAGAGGGACAGCCCCGCCACCGGGCAACAGAACGUGGACGAGGGCAGUGAAAGGCAGCCCAGGGCACCAUGGAAAGUGGACUCAAACGGGGCACCCAAGACGACUGCAGACUCGGCCACCAGCCCCAAGCUCCUCUAUGUGGAUAGAGUUGUUCAGGAAAUUCUGGAGACCGAAAGGACUUAUGUGCAAGAUUUAAAAAGCAUCGUCGAGGAUUACCUUGACUGCAUCAGGGACCAAACAAAACUUCUCAUGGGGACCGAAGAAAGAUCAGCCCUUUUUGGAAACAUACAGGAUAUCUACCGCUUCAAUAGAUCCGUGGCCAUGCUAACAGAGUGCAUGAGGAACAAGAUACUGGCCAAAUUCUUCAGGGAACGUCAGGAAACUCUGAAACACUCGCUGCCUCUGGGGUCCUAUCUCUUGAAACCAGUUCAGCGGAUUCUCAAGUAUCAUCUCCUUCUGCAUGAAAUAGAAAAUCACCUUGAUAAGGACACAGAAGGCUAUGAUGUGGUGCUUGAUGCUAUAGACACAAUGCAGCGAGUCGCGUGGCACAUCAAUGACAUGAAGCGGAAACACGAGCAUGCGGUCCGGUUACAGGAGAUACAGAGCUUGCUCACUAACUGGAAGGGGCCAGACCUGACCAGCUACGGGGAGCUGGUGCUUGAGGGAACCUUCCGCCUCCAGCGAGCCAAGAACGAGCGGACGCUCUUCCUCUUCGACAAGCUGCUGCUCAUCACGAAGAAGAGAGAUGACACGUUUACGUACAAAGCUCACAUCCUGUGUGGCAACCUCAUGCUCGUGGAGGUGAUUCCAAAGGAGCCACUCAGCUUCAGCGUCUUCCACUAUAAGAAUCCCAAGCUGCAGCACACAGUCCAGGCCAAAUCCCAGCAAGACAAACGCCUCUGGGUUCUGCACCUAAAGAGACUGAUUCUGGAGAACCACGCAGCCAAGAUUCCAGCUAAGGCCAAGCAAGCAAUCCUUGAAAUGGAUGCCGUUCACUAUCCAGGCUUCUGUUACAGUCCUGAGGGAGACACGAAAGCACUCUCUGGCUCUAAAGAAGGUUCUGCUCCGCAUCGGCUGAGAAGAAAAUCGGAACCUUCCUCACGAUCACAUAAAGUUUUGAAGACCAGUGAAACAACACAAGACAUCCGAAAGGUUUCUAGAGAGGAAGGAUCUCCCCAGCUGACUUCAGCAAGGCCAUCUCCUGCCCAGAGAAACAGUCAGCCUAGCAGUUCUGCCAUGAUCAACGUGCUUCGAGCAGGUGGAGCCAUCAGAAACAUCUGGACUGAUCACCAGAUCAGGCAAGCCUUGUUUCCUAGCCGACGGUCCCCACGGGAGAACGAGGACGACGAAGAUGAUUAUCAGAUGUUCGUGCCAUCCUUUUCCUCUUCAGAUCUAAACUCUACCAGACUCUGUGAAGACAGCACUUCUAGUCGCCCUUGCAGCUGGCAUAUGGGACAGAUUGAGUCCACUGAGACCUCCAGCUCUGGUCACAGGGUUGUCAGGCGGGCCAGCAGUGCUGGGGAGAGCAACACCUGCCCUCCUGAAAUAAGAACUAGUGACAGAACGAGGGAACUGCAGAACGGCCUCAAAACAGAAGGGCAGGAGGAGAGGACUCCCUUUGGGUCAUCCGUAGAGUUGACUAUUGAUGACAUAGACCAUGUCUAUGAUAACAUCAGUUAUGAGGACUUAAAACUGAUGGCUGCUAAGCGGGAGGAAGCUGAAUCCACUCCCUCCAAAUCAGUCCGGGACUCCGUUCGCCCCAAGAGCACCCCAGAGCUAGCCUUCACGAAGAGGCAAGCUGACCACAGUAACAGCUCUCUUUACGCAGAAAAGGAUGGCGUGCUUUCAGGUGGAGAGGCAUCCAGCCAGGGCACGCGUGAACUCCAGGUGGUUGAGGAGAACAUCUACGAUACCAUAGGGCGCCCACGUCCUCUGUCGCUGGGUUUUAAGUCCAGUGGCCUAAAACUUGCCAAGCGGAGCACCUUUUUGGAUCUGGAGGCCGACUUCGUGUGUUGUGACAGCCUGAGGCCAUUUGUUUCCCAAGGUAGCCUCCAGUUCAGUGAGGACGAAGCUCCUUACCACCAGGCCUCCCCCUAUCAUGAAUAUCUGACUUUCCUCUAUGACUCCACCAGCUGUAACUUCUCCACGCCCGAGAAGUCUGUAUCUGAUCAACUGUCUGAAGAAGUCGAUGAGAUCUGGAAUGACCUGGAAAAUUACAUCAAGAAAAACGAAGACAAGGCCAGAGACCGUCUCCUUGCAGCGUUUCCUGUGAGCAAGGAUGACGUGCCGGACAGGCUGCACGCAGAGAGCACCCCUGAGCUGAGCCGGGACGCGGGGCGCGCUGUGUCCACACUGUCCCUGCCUGAGAGCCAGGCUCUCCUCACGCAUGUGAAGAGCAGGCCUGGCAGAGCCAGCCGCGCCAACUGCCCCUUUGAGGAAGACCUCAUUUCUAAAGAAGGCUCCUUUCUGAGCCUCAACCGGAUCUCUCUGGCCAGUGAGAUGCCCCUCAUGGACAAUCCCUACGACCUGGCCGGCUGUGGCCUGUCUCAAACAGACCCAGAAAACCCUGACCCGGGGCUGGAGGCCGUAGAUAAGACAAAAAGCAGGGUGUUUAUGAUGGCUCGGCAGUACAGUCAGAAGAUUAAGAAGGCAAAUCAACUUUUAAAAGUGAAAAGUCCGGAACUGGAGCAGCCGCCAGCCAGCCAGCAUCAGAAAUCUGUGCACAAAGACCUGGCUGCCAUCUUGGAAGAGAAGAAGCAAGGAGGGCCCGCCAUUGGUGCUAGGAUUGCUGAGUAUUCUCAGCUGUAUGACCAGAUUGUAUUCAGAGAGUCUCCCUUGAAAAUUCAGAAGGAUGGCUGGGCCAACUCCAAAGCAUCCUCCCUCCUGAGGGCUGCGUCACCUUCCCAGGUCCACCAUGGCAGUGAAGAUUGGCUUCUGCACUCAACCUAUAGUAAUGGAGAGCUGGCAGAUUUCUGUCCCCCACCAGAGCAAGACUUGAGAUCAAGAUAUCCCACGUUUGAGAUCAAUACAAAAAGUACUCCCAGGCAGUUGUCCGCAGCUUGCUCCGUGCCUUCUCUUCAAACCUCUGACCCUCUGCUGGACUCCAUGCAGAGAUGCAGUGUGGUAGUAAGUCAGCCCCACAAAGAGAACGUGUGUCAGGGCCAUCUGUACAACUCCUUGGAUCGGAAAGGGAUCAGCGCUAAAUCUCAGCCUUAUCACAGGUCCCAGUCAUCUUCCUCCGUCUUGAUAAACAAAUCAAUGGACUCCAUCAACUACCCUAGUGAAGUGGGAAAGCAGCAGCUGCUGUCUUUACACAGAAGUUCACGGUGUGAGAGUCACCAGGACUUGCUGACGGAUAUUGCUGACUCACAUCAACAGGGCCCUGAAAAACUCUCAAAUCUCACACUCCAAGACUCACAGAAAGUUUUGGUGGUCAAUAGAAAUGUACCCUUAAAUGCCCAAAUAGCAACACAGAACUAUUUUUCCAAUUUCAAAGAGACGGAUGGAGACGAAGAUGACUAUGUGGAAAUCAAGUCAGAAGAAGAUGAGUCGGAGUUGGAGCUCGCUCACAAUCGUAGAAGGAAAUCUGACUCAAAGUUCGUGGAUGCAGACUUUUCUGAUAAUGCCUCCAGCGGCAACACAUCUCAUUCUUUGAAUAGUCCAUGCACUCCCAAAAAGCAGGUUAACAGCAAACUUGGGCUUUCGCCAUUUCUGACACCAUACAAUGAUUCUGACAAACUGAAUGACUAUCUUUGGAGGGGGCCAUCUCCCAAUCAACAAAAUAUUGUCCAGUCUCUAAGGGAAAAAUUUCAGUGUCUCAGUUCGAGCAGUUUUGGUUAAGGUCAUGAUAACUGCCUGAAUUUUCUUCUUUUGCUCAUAAAAUGUUACAGAUACUGAUGAGGUGUUUUAUGUGUACCAGAUUAAGAACAGAGGUGUAAAAUAUACUUUGUUUUACAGCACAAUGUUUUGAAAUGCCUGACGAUGCAGCCAGGAUUGUACUGUAGCACGUGUUGGCAUCAACAAGGUGUUUUCUGAUGCUGCGUGUCUUCAUGUUUCAUGUAAGUCGAUCUUACUUGAACAUUUUUUAGACUUUUAACAUCAUAGCCAUAUUUUUUUCCAUAUCCUGACAAUAGUGCCCACACCUUAAGAAAUGCGGUAGCCGGGCGCAGUGGCUCACGCCUGUAAUCCCAGCACUUUGGGAGGCCGAGGCGGGCGGAUUGCCUGAGCUCAGGAGUUCGA